AUGGCCGACCCCUUCGCCCCCCGCUCGAUGAAGCGGAAAAACGUCAAGGGCCUCGCCCUGACGCCGGCCGCCCCCAAGCCGCCUCCGACGGCAGAGAAUGGCGGCCGUGGCGACGACCAGUCUGGCCAGCUUGAGAUCGGCAUCGAGUACAACCUGGACCUGCGUCCCAGCGACCUCGAGUUCAUCAAAGAGCUCGGCUCCGGCAAUGGCGGUACCGUCAGCAAAGUCCGGCACAUUGUCACCAACACGACCAUGGCUCGCAAGGUUAUCCAUGUCGAGGCCAAGCGAGAGAUGCGGAAGCGGAUUGUACGAGAGCUACAGAUCAUGCGUGGCUGCCACUCCGAGUAUAUCGUGACGUUUUAUGGCUCCUUUCUCAACGACAACAAUGACGUGAUUAUGUGCAUGGAAUACAUGGAUGUUGGCGCUCUUGACCGCGUCUCCCGCGUUUUCGGCCCCAUACGUGUCGACGUUCUCGGCAAGAUCGCCGAGGCCACGCUCGGCGGCCUGACCUAUCUCUACGCCAAGCACCACAUCAUGCACCGCGAUAUCAAGCCGUCCAACAUCCUCGUCAACUCUCGGGGCUCCAUCAAGCUGUGUGACUUUGGCGUCUCUGGCGAGCUGAUCAACUCCAUCGCCGACACCUUUGUGGGCACGUCUACCUAUAUGGCUCCGGAGCGUAUCCAGGGCGAGCGCUACACAGUCAAGUCGGAUGUGUGGAGUUUUGGCCUGUCCAUAAUGGAACUUGCUAUUGGUAAGUUCCCCUUUGCUGCUAGCGAGCAGCUCUCGGACGCCGAGAGUGCUCCAGCUGGUAUCCUCGACCUUCUGCAGCAGAUCGUCCACGAACCGGCGCCGCGUCUACCCAAGAGCGACGCUUUUCCCUCUAUUCUCGAAGACAUGAUCCAGAAGUGUCUCUUCAAGAACCCGGACGAGAGGCCAACGCCACAAGACCUCUUUGACCGCGACCCAUUUGUACAAGCAGCGAAGAGAACACCGGUCGACCUGCAAGACUGGGCAGUGGGCUUGAUGGAGAGGGACAACCGGAAGUCCCACCUCGCGCCGCAGCUGUCGCCGGCCACACAAGAGCUUCUCCGCUCCACCGACACGUCGACGGCCAACAACGGCGAUGCCCGUACGACGCAGACACAGACACCGACUUCAGGUGAGAUCCCCAUUGUGGGCGAUAUUCUGUCACCUCGUGACCAACAUAGUACCAGCCUUCCGGGCCGGACCCCGACGCGGGGCGGGACUGGCAACGGGAUCGAGAGCGGGGCCAUCACCAGCGGUGGCGCCAGUCGGGAUGUCCCCAGCAAUAGCAUCAGCUUCGGCUCCGGGUACAACAGCCUUGGCCGACCAAAUGGACAGGCUGUACAUUCAGGCCUGGGAUCGCGAGUAGUGGCCGUGGAACCUCCGAGUGUUUCACGUGCCCCGCCACCAAUCCCGGUUGGGCUGCGCAACGGCAUGUCUAGUGCAUCAUCCAGUGCCGGCCACAGUACUUUCAGCCUUACUGUUCGCCCGGCGCCCAAGGUUGGCGGACCGCCACCCCUGCCACCGAAAAAGGAGACAUCAGACGAGCAUCGGCGGCGUCAGCUGCUGUUGCAGCAACAGCAGCAACAGCAGCAGCAACAAAUCUUGUAUGCGUCUUCAAAAAUGGAACCAUAUCCCAAUGGAUAUCCAAACAAGUAA